GUUGCUCGGUACUGUCGUGCUCCACGGCCGUGCGCGCGUAUGAAUCUCGAUUAGUUUGGUGCCUUUGGCAGGUUACAGUCGGAACGAUCAAGCGAUCGCCCGUUCGUCCGCCGAUCAAGACCGGAGACCGGAGACCGGAUAUCACCGGUGCACGCGAUAUCGCGACAGGUGUCGUAAGAAAGAGAGAGAGAGAGAGAGACACAGCUCCGUAGCUCGCGUGAGUGCGGCACGCGCCGAGGGAGGAGACCGGAGAAGGCGCGCGCGCGCGCGCGCCAGAGGGACGCAGGAACGACACGCAGGGAGUGACACGCGACGUAGUGCGUGGUGCAUCCGUCCGCUCGACCAAUCGACCGUCUGACCGAACGUACGCACGGCACGGCACGACACGACACGGUGCGCGUGACGUACGCACGCACGCACGCACGCACGCACGGCGUCGGAAGCGCGCGCGCGCGCGCGCGCGCGUUCACACGCGUACACAUACGGUACACGCACACACGGACGCACGGAAGAGAUUGGCCGAGGAGGUCCCCCGUCCAACGGCGCCAAUUUAAUGGAUCCGACCAUCGGUUGGUAUCAACCGGAGCAGUACGGCCCCGCCAAGGAUCUUUGGUUGCACAUCUGGGAAGCCGAGAAGGGUCUCGACGUCCUCACUCUGCGUAACGACGCGAACACGAGUAACGCGAUGGGCGUGCGGCUGCAGCAGGACUUUCUCGCGCUGGACACGAGCCCAGCGGCGGCGGUGACUACAACGGCAACGACGACCACGACCACGACCACGACCGCGGCCGGCACUAUGCCGUCGUCCAAUGCCAACGCUAAUGACAACGGCAAUGGCAAUGGCAACGGUAACGGCAGCAAUACCAGCAACAGCAUUAGUAUUAGCAACGGUAGCAACGGUCGGACCACGUCCGCCGUUCACGGCAGUGCCGCUGGCAACGGAAACGGCGAGCACCGUGUGCCCCAUAACGCCUGCAACUUCUACUACAAUCCGUCCCGCAGGAAAGGCGAAAAUCGGGCGAGCACCUACGGCAUGAAUUACAAUUACGACGCCCUCGUGGGCGAGUACGGCGGUUGCCCUUGGCGCGUACCGAACAAGCACUACUCCAAGGGGGUGAUCGGAUUACAUGAGGAAAUAGAAGAUUUUUAUGCAUAUAUGUGCCCCUCGCAGGAAGAGCAUGUAUUAAGAUUGACUGUUGUAAAAAAAAUAGAAAAAGUAAUUUAUGAUCUCUGGCCAGACUCGAAAGUUGAAGUAUUUGGUAGCUUUCGCACUGGUUUAUAUUUGCCUACAAGUGAUAUAGAUUUGGUAGUAAUAGGAAUGUGGACAAAUCUUCCAUUGCGUACUUUGGAACGUGCUUUGCUAGAUCAAAAUAUCGCUGAGCCAUCAUCUAUUAAAGUACUGGACAAGGCCAGUGUGCCAAUUGUCAAACUGACCGAUAAGGAGAGCGAGAUUAAAGUGGACAUAAGUUUCAACAUGAACAAUGGCGUCAAAUCCGCCGAGUUGAUAAAUACUUUUAAGAAGCAAUAUCCAGUUCUGGAGAAGCUAGUCAUGGUGUUAAAGCAAUUUCUACUGCAAAGAGAUCUUAACGAAGUAUUCACCGGUGGUAUAUCUUCGUACAGUUUAAUACUCAUGACCAUCAGUUUUUUACAGUUACAUCCGAGAAAGGAUAUUCAUUGUCCAAACACCAACCUAGGAGUGUUAUUGAUUGAAUUUUUAGAGCUAUAUGGUAGAAAGUUCAACUAUGUUAAGACUGGCAUACGUGUAAAGGAUGGUGGUCUUUACAUAUCUAAAGAAGAGAUUCAACGAGAUAUGAUAGAUGGUCAUCGACCAUCCCUAUUGUGUAUAGAAGAUCCGCUCACACCCGGAAAUGAUAUUGGCCGUAGUAGUUAUGGUGCUUUAUAUGUAAAGAGUGCAUUUAAUUGGGCCUAUUGUAUUCUCUCUCAAGCGGCCAAUCCCUCAAAUAUCUUAAUUAAUGACGCCAGUAAAGUAAGCAUACUGGGAAGAAUAAUCCGUGUGACUGAUGAAGUAAUAGAAUAUCGUAGGUGGAUCAAAGAAACAUUCCUCUUACCCGUAAGCGAAGGAGACUCCCUGUCAAGCUCAACUGGUUCUGAUGCAUCCACUCUUUCAGCUCCUGCCAGUGAUACGGACUCCGAGUGUAGCCGUGGUAAUUCCCCAAACACCGGUGGAAAGAACGAAAACGACAAAAACAAAGAUAGACACUUGUAUAAUAGUCACCAAAUCCACAGUUAUUCUGGAAAAAAAGCAUUUAAAACAAUCACUCACGCCAGUCACCAACAGAGUUUCAAAGGCAGUUAUCAUCGCAUCAACAACAAUAUAGUUCAGAACAAGACCAAGCAUGCACUUCACAGUAAUGGAAACAACAAUAAUAAUAAUAACAAUACUAGUCACAGUCCAAGCUCUAGACCAAACUCAAUGAAGAGGAAGAAGCAGUGUACGAUGCAACGUGGGACUGGAGAUUGUGUACGGUGAUGAAAUGUGCACGACAAUUUCGGACAUCACUUCCGUCACUUAAGUAGCGAGCUCAACAUCAUAACUGUGUGAUAAAAAAAAACAGCGAUUAAUGAUCGGUCAUAUAAAAACUGAAUCACAUUCUACGCGAUAUCUUUUCGCUUUCAGUUUCAGUUUUAGUUUCAUUGUGCAGAGAAGCACAAUGUUUACGGUUCUGAGAGAACCAAUAAUUUGAAAAUUUUAUGAUUCUUGUGUCGAACAAGAAUGCUCACACAAGCAGUAGUUAUACGUAUAUACACACACACACACACACACAUAUAUAUAUAUGUAUGUGUGUGUGUGUGUGUAUACAUAUUUCUUAUUGUUUUUCCCCUCUUUGCCAGACUCAUAUUUUAUUCUGUAUGCAAAAGUUUACAUAUUAAAGACGUACAGAAUUUUUAAUUGAGAUAAGAUCCAUUUCGCUUUUGUUGCACAGGUUAUACAAUACCGGUGUAAUAUUUUAUUAAUAAUCUCACAUCUAUAAAAAAAUUAUCAUUGCCAUCGUCGAAUAAUUGUGUUCGCAGCCAUUAUGAGUAACGUACUGUAAUAUAUUUAAAAGUAUGAGUAGUAUAUAGAUGAUAAGUUAUAGUACGUUUUUCUCAACACAAAAAAACUGUAAAACACGCUGAUAGUGACAACAAAAAACUUAGUUUUUUAAACGAAACUAUAUUCUUAUAACAAGAUGACAGUAAAUCUGGUGAUAUUGGGACUUAUCUAUUGUACAUAUUGUAACAUACAUCAAAAACAUAGAGAAGUAAGUCUAAAAGUUACCUACUAAAUUCUUUUUUAACUUAUAAAUAUCUAAAAGUAAUUAUUAUAGGGAUUUUAUCAUAAAAAUUCGUGGAUGAAGCCAUAUCUAUUUAAAACUAUACUUUUUUUGUUUUCUUUUUCUCUACAAAGUAUAAGUAUAUCGUUGUUGAAAGAUUUUGGUACGUUUUUCAAAUUUUAAUAAAAUUGCAGGUUUAUGUGUGAUACAUAAUACGAUGGAAAAGAAAUUAAAAAGUUUAAAUAACAAUAUUUUUAAAAAGUAGUUUAUUAUUAAGACUGAGUGAUGACAACGCUUCGAAUCUUCGCAGUCUAUUUCGUAGCAAAAAUUUGUUUUUCUUUUCAAAUUAGCUUUAUGUAGCUUCUUUUUGUACAAAGAGACACCAGUUUCUCAAUAUUCUCAUAAUUCUUAACAUCUGAACAAUGAUGUAUUAUUUUUAUAUCAGAUAAUUAAAAUAAAAUGUGUUUGUAUUAUACAAAGAGGGAAGAAAACGAAGAAUCUGAUAUUUAUGAAUCUUACAUUGCAUUUGAUGAAAACUUAUGUAUAUGACAAUACGCGAAAAGGCCUUGACAUUACUUAAAAGCUCCAUGUUAUGUUCACUGAUCAUGGUAGACAUAGUUCGCUAUCAAAUGUUACAUUCCGUUGACGCAAUAAUUAAUAAGACAGAAUAGAAAAAAAAAAGAGUUCACUGCAACAAAUCUCUUCAAUGACAUCAGAUCAAAAUCCUUUUCUGGUGCUACUGCAUUUUUGUGUUCAACGAUCUUUUAAAUGUGCGAUGUAAAGAUUUAUUUCUUAUAACUCUUUAAUUUAGCCACGUGAAUUGAGGAUGUUUAACUCUGAUAUAUCUUUUUAAAUUAUAUAUAACACCCAGUAUUCCAUGUAUAUUAUUUAACUUAAAACUCUUUCAUAUGUAAUAUUGUACGCUGUGAUUGAAUUUAAUAAUUAAAUUGUCAAUUUCUUAAAGAUAUAUAUAAAUAUAUAUAAAUAUAUUAUUUAAAUGUUACUGUAAAGCAUUAUAUAAAGCCAUACUACAUUUUUAAAACUCUGUAAACUAUUAUUAUCGCUUAGUGAUCCUCAACAAAUUACGUGUUUUUUAUAAAUAUCAGAAUUUCGUAAUCAUUGAAAGUUUGAUAACGAAACUUCGUGAUCACUCAUAUUUAUCGAAUUUCCCGAACAAGACUUAUCGGAUCGUCUGUAAAAAAACUCACAAAAAAAUGGAAAAAAAAGUUUAAUAAAUAUGAAUGAUGCCGAUAUCUGAUCUUAAUUAUUUCUUGUUUGUAUAUAUAAUUUUAAGGAAGGCGGUUUCACCUCUUAUAUAACCAUCAUUUAAGACCAGUUAGACUCACCGUUUGUAAAUUUUCUCGACAGCAAUAUACUCUAUUUUCAAAAAAAAGUUUGAUUAUAAUUGUAUAUUUAUAUUUGUGUGGGUAUAUUUUUAACUAAGCUAUAAUGUAACGAUGUAACACGAUCAGUAAUACAGUUUUAUUUCUGUAGAAUUGUAUUGUCGUUUCACAGCCGUUACAUUGAGAUUGUAAAGAUAUUCGACGCAUACACGCAUUACUAAAAGUUCGUAACUGUGUAACUACGAACUUUUAAAAGUACAGGUAACAGUAUAGUUACCCGUUUUUUUUUUUUGUUUUUUUUUAAAUAUAUAUAAUCUUGCGCGAGGAGAAAGGAAAGUGAGAUAGCGACUGUGCAAACUAAAUCUUAUGGAUUUAGGAAUUUUCAAUAGCCGCCAGCAGCGAUUUGUACUUACAACUAUCUACUCGUAAGUUUGUAUGCAUAUGUUCAAUCCAAGGUAAGAGAGAGGUGCGAAAAAAAUGUACAGAAGUUAAAAUAAAUCUUACUUACCUUUUUCUUUAA